GCUUGUCUUGGAUUGUUUAAUGAUGGCAAAUGACGGACAAAUUCUUAACCUAUUUCAACAACGUGCAGGACAGGAUAUAAGUCCAACAGAUAUUUCAAAGGCUCUGAAGAUUACUCGAAAGGAAGUCAACCAGGUUUUAUACGGCAUGAAGCGUCGAAAUGUCUUGCAAAAAGUGUCAGAUCAGCCUCCCCUGUGGCGAAUGGAGGGAGGAAACCCAGAUACUUCCACUUUCGAUUCGUAUGUUGGUGGUCCCAUGCAAAGUGUUCGUUACCAUUGCCAUCAUGACCACAAACCUUACUCAAGACCAAAUUUAACUGAUCAGAUUUUUGAGGUCCUGAAGAAAAAUGGAUCAGCCAUGAAAACAAUAGACAUUGCAAGAGCUGUUGGAUUACAUUCUGCUAAGGAUGUCAAUAGUACAUUGUAUAGGAUGGAAAAGGAAGGACUUUUAAAGAAAGCAAAUGAUCAGCCUCCUUCUUGGAUGGUCUUGAGAAGUGGAGAGAAUGAAGGCACUUCUAAGCAUAGGCCUCAUCAUUCUGUCCCAGGUAUGUCUAGUUUUCAAAACAACCCUGAACUUGACUCAGUUUCAUAUCCACAACAUGAACUAAUGGGUGAAACAACUCCACCUGGUCCAGAUGAAAUUAGUGACACAUUAGAAGUGGAUACAGAUGAUUCUUCUGUUCCAGAGAGCUCUAGUGCUCAGCAUGGCUCACAGACCGAUCUUGCAAAUUUUGACAUGUCUGAUGCAGAACAAAACACUACACCAGAUUCCAAUAACAAGGCCAAUUUAGAGAUGCAGUCAAAUCCUCCGGGUGGCGGUGACUUUUCACUCUCCAAGCCGACCACAAGGACGGGGCCCCCACUGUCACCAGCUGAAUUGCUGAAAGGUGCCACUUUUGGAGACCCAAGGUACAGAAUGGCAGCAGUCUCUGGUGCCAGCUCAGCACCAGGUGCACCACCACCACCCUCUACCCUGAAUGUAUCUUAUGUGACUGACCCAACAUCUGGACAAAGUAGUUUUAUGAGAGAAAUUUCAAAGCAUCAAUCUCCACAGAUUCAGCCUCAAGAGCUUCAGAAAAACAUCCUGGAAUACGUAACAAGGCAACAAGCUCCUGUAAUUGCACUAGACAUUGCCAAGGGGAUUGGACUGUCAACUGCCAAGGAUGUCAAUCCCAUGCUCUACCAAUUGGAAAAACAAGGGCUGAUAACAAAAGUAGACCAGGCAUAUGGAUGUCCUAAAUGGGGAGUUGGUUCAGCUGGAAAAGAAGUGACACCACCAUUAUCCUUGACACCAUCUCCUGCACACUCACAGAUUCUCAAACCAUCCAAAUUUUCUCCAGAAUCACUACUUUUCUCUAGACCAAAUAUUCCUACAGCACCUAUGACAGCAAAAUAUCCUGGCACUGAGAAGGUAACAGGGCCCCCUCCUUCUCCAAUGGAUCUAAUCAGGCAGACCACCACUUGGGGAAAAGGUGCCAACCCUACUUUUACACCCAACACAUCAACCUCAGUGAAAACACCCGAUUCAAUAAACCUGGAUAAUCAAGCAAAGUUGUUAGCAGGAUUGAAUGUAAGGCCAUCUUCAGUUGAACAGCCUGCUGCCUUUGCUUUAUCAGAGCAACAGCCACAAAGUAGUUUUCCUUCUCUAAAUAGUGACUCGUUUGCAGCACUGAAUAAGAAUGCAGUCAGUGCCCUUAUGGAGUAUGCACAAUCAAGAAAGACCACUGCCACUAUAGAGGUGCUUGGACAAAGAGGACCACCCCACAAACCUCAGUUUGAAAUGGCUGCUUUUGUAGGCACAAGGCGGUUUCCAUCAGUGAUAGCCACCAAUAAAAAGGAUGGUAAAAAAGAUGCUGCUGACUUGGCUCUUAGGCAGCUGAUGGCAGAGGGAUCAUAUCAAGUGGCCAGUGCAACACCAGCUGUAGACAUAGUCCAACAGUUAACAAGUACCUCAUCCACACAUUUUGACAAGAUAGCAGCUUUGUCUCACCAGGCUUUUAACCUUAUUGCUGCCACUGUCACAGAGAAUAUGUCAGGGAAGAAAGUGCUGGCAGCUCUAGUCAUGAAGAAAGACCCUACAGAUACAGGGACAGUUGUUAGCCUUGGGACGGGUAACCGUUGUAUUACAGGCCCUAUGCUUAGUAUGGUUGGAGACACUGUCAAUGAUUCUCAUGCAGAAAUCAUAACAAGGAGAGGUUUUCUCAGGUUUUUAUACAAGCAUCUUGAAAACUAUUCACCCAAUUCCCCUGAUACCAUACUUGAAGUUUGUGAAGAGUCUGGAAAAAUGAAGAUCAAAGAUGGUAUCACUUUCCACUUGUAUAUAUCAACUGCUCCUUGUGGAGAUGGUGCUCUGUUUUCUCCAAGGGAUGCCACAGGCCAAGCUAAGGAGGAAGACAAUAUAAAAGAACAUACACCUACAUUCACCAAUCAGCUUCAGGGAGUGCUGAGGACCAAAGUAGAAGACGGAGAGGGCACGAUUCCCAUAGAACCAGGUUUCACAGGACUGACCUGGGAUGGGGUAAUGAGAGGAGAGAGGCUGAGGACUAUGUCAUGUAGUGAUAAACUCUGCAGGUGGAACAUACUGGGAAUGCAGGGGGCCCUGCUUAGUAACUUCCUUGAACCCAUCUACUUAAGUUCAUUGACACUAGGUUUACUGUAUGAUCAUGGUCACCUGUCCAGAGCCAUGUGUUGUCGCCUUGCCAAAGGAGAACCAGACUUGAAAGAGGUUCUCCCAGAAGGCUACAGACUUAACCAUCCCCAUUUGGGUCGAGUGACCAUGUACGAGGCUCCCAGAGAGACCCAGAAAACAAAGUCAGUGAGCAUCAAUUGGUGCUGUUUUGAUAGGAAGGCAGAAGUAACAGAUGGGACCAGGGGGAUGGUGGAAAUGGGAGGGAAGAUCAGUGUGUCACAGCUUUCCAAGGGUGAACUAUACAAGAGUUACAGGAAUGUAUGUGCCAAAUUUAAUCGCACGGACCUGCUACAGGCUGGCUCUUAUUAUGAAGCCAAGCAAAUGGCUGCACAGUUUCAGGAGUCCAAGCAGAUCAUGUAUCAGAAAUUUAAGAAAAACAAAUUUGGUACGUGGGUGAAAAAACCCCAAGAGGAAAAAAUGUUUACCUGAAAAUCAUCUGUUGAUAUUCUCAUACAUGGUGAUUUAUUUUCCAGUGAAUCGUGUGCUUUUGCAUUGGGUAGAAAACUAGGCUGCUGAUACAUUAAGUUUAUAACUAUGAAGAUAUGUUUUUAGUGGCAAAAUUGGAACUUUCCACAAAUCGUGUACUUUCUUUAACCUUGACCUGUUCAAUGAAAAUUAUUUUACAGAGGUUUUCAUGAAUAGUAUGAAUAUAUACUUGAAACUUAGACAAGUAUGUUAGUGGAACAGUAUUCCACAUCUCCUCAUGUUUUUGGUGUCUAUUUCUAAAUUUUACAUCUUUCUGCUGUUAGGGUCAGCUACACCCUAGUUUCAACGUUUUUAAAUAGUUGUUUAUUAUUUGUAAGUUAAAGGACAUACAAGAGUACAGAACUUGCAUAUGUACAAAUUUGGAGCAUGUCAAGUCAAGUCAUUUCUUGACAACUGAUGUUGAUUUCAACAUAUUAUCUUGCACCUUUCCUGCUCCACUUUAUUGGGUAGAUGUGAACUUCGACAAUGCUGAAGGAACAGAUUCAAUUGUGAGAUCUGUCUAUGGAGGGAUGUUCAGAAAUAUAAGAGUUUUAAGUUGCAAAGCAGUUUAUUAAACUUGAAGUCAUUAAGCUGCAAAGCAGUUUAGUUAAACUUGUAGUUAAAGAGGAUGAGGUGCUGCCAGUGAUAUUUACAUGUACUUUUUAGAAAGUAUUUUUCUUGUAACCAGAUAAAGACAGACAAAACAUCUUUUAACAAUAACUGGCAUUUACUUUUAAGUUAGUCUUUUAACACAUAAAAUGAGCAUCAAAUUACUGCUCAUGUUCAUAAAAGGUGAUUAUGUAAUUCAUACUUAAUUUUGAAUAGUAUGGAUUAACUAUGUCAGUCGUAAAUUUUAUUUUUAUUUGCUGAAUCCUUUGACCUGAUUUUUUCUUGGAGGAAGAUGCUUUGUGUUAAUAACAAAGAUGUUUUUGCGAAAUUUAACAAAGU